GGGAGGCCGGGGUGUGGAAAGUGUGGCGGCCCCGCCCCGUGUCUUGGAACUGCCGCGGCCGCCACCGCUGCCUCCGCUGCAGCUUGUAGGGGACCCGCGCCGGUGCGCAGAGGAAAGGCGCUCUUUCUUUGCUGAAAGUUCCUUGGAAAAGCGACCAUCUCCCCAGCCCACCCAUGGCGGAUGAAAUUGAUUUCACGACCGGCGAUGCUGGGGCUUCCAGCACGUACCCUAUGCAGUGCUCGGCCCUGCGCAAAAACGGCUUCGUGGUGCUCAAGGGACGACCGUGCAAAAUAGUAGAGAUGUCAACUUCCAAAACUGGAAAGCACGGUCAUGCCAAGGUUCACCUUGUUGGAAUUGAUAUUUUCACGGGCAAAAAAUAUGAAGAUAUUUGCCCUUCUACUCACAAUAUGGACGUUCCAAAUAUUAAGAGAAAUGACUACCAACUGAUAUGCAUUCAGGAUGGUUACCUUUCCCUGCUGACAGAAACUGGUGAAGUUCGUGAGGAUCUAAAGCUGCCAGAAGGUGAACUAGGCAAAGAAAUAGAAGGAAAAUACAACGCAGGUGAAGAUGUCCAGGUGUCUGUCAUGUGUGCAAUGAGUGAAGAAUAUGCUGUAGCCAUAAAGCCCUGCAAAUAAAUGGGAGCAUCAGGCAUGACAAACUGUUUAGGUCUGAAUCAACUACAGAUCUCAAGUUUGGUUCUAAGUUGUCACCAAAGCUAUGGCCUUCAGAAGCAACCUCAUUUAUCUUUUAAUUGUUUUGAAAUUGUGCCGAGUUAGUUUUGCACGCAAUUAGUAAUUUUAAAAAAUAAUCACGAUGUAUAAUUCUUUUUUUUUUGUAGGUAUUUUUUUAUAACAUUCCUGUGGUUGUCAGUAUGUGAGUCCAAGGAACAGUCCAAGAAAUCCACAGAUGUGAUUUGAGUAUAUCAUUCGUGAAUUUUAGUUAAGUGAUAAAUAAACCAGGGUUUUAAAUCAAACAAUGUAGCAUCCAGUGGUAUCGAAGUACCACA